AGCGAACUUUUAAAAAUAGAUGACGGGAAUGACGCAAUUAGCAGUGAUAGCCGUAUAACUUCAAAUAACCAAAUAAAAAUCGACAAAUUUCAUUUAGUGGUAUAUAUAUCUAAUUUAAUUAAGCUCGAAGACAUGUAUACACAACCACCACCGCCAAAUUCCCAGCAAGCCACACAGCGUCCUAGCACCAGUCCUACACAACCACAACAACGACCUAUGGGACCUAAUGUUGGAGUUUCAACAUCACAAGCCCAGCAAAACUUUUCUGGAUAUCGACCAGUUGGGCCUAACACACAGUCCAUUCGUCCACCACCACAAGUAGUUGCCGGGAUCCCUCCAAAUGCUAGACCAACACAUGUUACUGGUGGGCGUCCUCCCACAAAUUUCGCUACACAAGGUUUUCCAGGAUCACCUGCUCAAGGAAUUAGACCCACUAUGCCCGCGCAGCAGGGUCCAACAAUAGGGAUUCCACCUGGACAGCGACCCCCCACGGCACCACCUCAAGUUGGUCCAGGAUAUCAACAAACUCCAUCUCAGUAUGCCCCUCGGCCUCCUCCAGGAAAUGAAGGCAUUGAUAGUAUUUUACCGAAUAUAAGUAAUGUAAGAAUAAGCCAAGAUCCCCCCAUUCAAAAUCAAUCUUCUCAGAUCGAUCAGCAAACCAGAUCUCCAAAACAAAAUCGUUCUAAGCGUGCACAUCAUGAUCUUGGUCCUCAGCCGCAUUCCUCUGUCCCUUCAACGCCCAGUUAUCACCAGCCGCCAACAAACAAUGCGCCACAGACGGGACAAGCACCUACGCAACCCAUGUAUACUUCAAUGGUUUCACAGCCAACUUCUGCUGGACAAGGGAUAAACCAACCUCAGUAUACGCAACCUCCCCAGCUCCCCGUUCCCCAACAACCGCCAGCAUCUCA